AUGCCGCAAUUUUUGUUUUCUUCUCUUCCCGUAAUAAUACCCACCCCCGCCCGCCUCCUCGUCUUCCAAAAAGCCACAGUCUCCUCUCUCUCUCUCUCUCUCUCUGGUCGUUCCCGGAAUCCAAAGUCUUUUUCCCAAUCUUUCCGAAUCCAAACCCUGCCUCCAUUCCUUCUCGGAGACGAUAUCCGGUCCUAUUUGUCUUCCCUUCUCUGAGCGCGAUCGAGGGCUCUCGUCUUCCUUGCCGUAAUCCGUCUCGCAGUGUCCACCUCCUCUUCGACCCUUGGUCGAGGGGAUUCGCGUAGGGUUUUGAGGCAUUGCGUCGGGUCGAUGAAAGAUGCCGGAACGGGCGCAGGCAAAUCCUUUGGACCAGGCUGAGAGCCCGAGCACCAAACGGAGGCGUUCAGCGAUGCAACAGCAACUGGUGGAUUAGAAACCACCGCUGACUAGGGCCGCCAAGCGGAGGGAGGAGGUCCUGCUCGCAGAUGACCUCAUCGAGGGGGGAGGAUUAGACACGGAGGAGAACCGGGAAGAGAUUCGGGAGCUUCCCGGUAGGGAGGUCGCACCUCUCGCUGUGGAAAAUCCAGUGGUUCGUGCUGAGAGGCCAAGCACCAGUUGGAGGCAGGUGGUGAGGACACAUCUAUUGAUGGAUUACAAACCACCGUUGACUAGGGCCGCCAAGCAGAGGGAAGAGAUCUUGCUUGUGGAGGGCCACGUAGAGGGGGUUGGAUUUGGGGUGGAGGAGAACCAGGAAGAGAUUCGGGAGCUCCCUGUUUGUGAGUUUGUCCCUCUCGCUGUGGUACAGGUAAAUCUGGUGGUCCAUGGUGAGAGGCCAAGCACCAGUCGAAGCGGGCGGUGAGGAAACAUCUGUUGAUGGAUUACAAACUACCGUUGAUGAGGGCCACCAAGCGGAGGGAAGAGAUCCUGUUCGCGGAGGGCCACGUAGAGGAGGGUGGAUUUGGGGUGGAGGAGAACCAGGAAGAGAUUUGGGAGGUCCCUGUUUGUGAGUUUGUCUUUCUCACUGUGGCACAGGCAAAUCCAGUGGUCCAUGGUGAGAAGCCGAGCACCAGUCGGAUGUGGGCAGUGAGGAAACAUCUGUUGAUGGAUUACAAACCACCAAUGACUAGGGCUGCCAAGCGGAGGGAAGAGAUCCUGCUCGUGGAGGGCCGCGUGGAGGGGGGUGGAGGAGAACCAGGAAGAGAUUUGGGAGCUCCCUGUUUGUGAGUUUGCCCCUCUCGCUGUGGUGCAGGCUAAUCGUGUGGUCCAUGGUGAGAGGUCAAGCACCAGUCGGAGGCAGGCGGUGAGGAAACAACAGUUGAUGCAUUGCAAAUGACCACUGACUUGGGCUGCCAAGUAGAGGGAGGAGAUCCUGCCUGCAGAGGGCCGUGUCCAGGUGGGUGGAGGAGAACUGGGAAGAGAUUCGGGAACUUGUCCCUCUCACUGUGGCAAAUAUUGUGGUCCAUGCUGAGAUGCCAGGCACCAGUCGGAGGCGGGCUGCGACGGAACAGUGGCUGGUGGAUUACAAACCGCCACUGACUAGGGCCACCAGGCGGAGGGAGGAGAUCGUGGUCACAGAGGGCCAUGUCAAGAGGGAAGGAUUGGGCGUGGACUAGAACCAUGAUGAGAUUUGGGAGGAGAUGUAUGACUACCAUAGUGGGCUGACAGAUAAGCUCAGUUUGGGAGUUGGCAUCUCUCUCACUGUUUGUAUCUGUAACUUGGAUUAAGUUUGAGCGCCGGGGCAGCAAAGGAUGCAAAUAUGGUCCACCUUAUGAAUGGCAGCAUGCUUGGUGAUAUUCAUGGGGUGCCAUGAGUCCAUUACAAGGGUUUCUUUGUGGACUAUUAUAUUAUGAUUAUGGAUAUGCUGGGACCAAAUCUGUGGGAUGCAUGAAUUUUGUGCAUGGGGAUGGAAAACCUGAAAAUUUCUGUCUUGGGCCUCCUGGGACUUACGAAGAAAAAAAACUCUUUCUUGUUGGUCUUGGUUUAGCCACUAAAUGGAAGGAUAGCUCAACAAGUCUGCUUGUUCAGUAUGAUCAACGGCCAGAUGUUUUCAGAGGGACAGUGCGCUAUGCUAGUGUUCAUGCUCACCUUGGGAGGACAGCAAGCCGGAGUGAUGAUUUAGAAUCCCUUGCUUAUACACUAAUGUUUCUUCUCCGUGGUCGUCUACCUUGGCAAGGGGAUCAUGAACAAAACAAGCGUUACCUUUUCUGCAAGAAGAUGACUACAUCUCCAGAGGACCUUUGUUUCCUCUGCCCACAAGCUUUCAAACAAUUUCUCGAGUAUGUGGUCAACUUGAAGUUUGAUGAAGAAUGUAACUAUGCAAAAUGCAUCUCUCUUUUUGAUGGCAUUAGUCUUAGAUAUCGGGCCAAUUAACACUGAUGGAGUUGAAAAGCUUAUGCAUCAGGUGGCUCAAAAGAGAGGCCAUCUAACGAUGGAAGAAGAGGAUGAUAAACAAUCCAAAAAGAAGCUUAGGUUGGGAAUGCCUGCCACACAAUAGAUUAGUGUUUAUAAUGCAUGGCGACCUAUGAACCAAAGGUACCACUACAGUGUUGCUGAUAUGAUGAUUGCACAAUAUAUCAUGAUUGGAAAGCAAGAUGGUUUGUUCGUCAGUUGUGUAGCAUCAUGUUUAAAUCGAUGGGCCAUUGUUAUGGAUUCUGGCACUGGUUUCACUGCUCAAGUCUAUGAACUAUCUGAACAAUUUCUUCCUGAUGUGAGAUUGGAUAAAUGAACAAUGGGAGGAAAAGUAUUAUAUUAGUGCACUAGCAGGUGCAGACAAUGGUUGCUCUUUGGUGGUAAUGUCCAAAGGUGGAUCAAGAAAAAGUGGUCUGAGGGGUCUUACGUCACUUCUAUUGCGAUAGCUGGAAAUAGAUGGGCAGUUGUCAUGUCUCGUAAUGCAGGCUUCUCAGAUCAGGUUGUUGAACUUGACUUCCUUUACCCUAACGAAGGCCUUCAUCAGAGAUUGGGGAGAUGGUUAACGUACAACAGCAACUGCCGCAACAUCUGACCAAGCUGCUUUUAUACUUUGUGUACCUGGUAGGAAACCAGACAACAAAACACAAGAGGUACUCAGAACAUCUGCUUUUCCAUUUUUGGAUAUCAAGGUGCGAGCCAUCCAAUCAUGUCUUGAGAUCAUUUCCAUUAGUUUCUUUGCUAAUGAAUUAUUUACUUAAAGGAGAAGCAGGCAAAAAAUCUUUGUUGCAUCUCUGUGUUAUGGACGCACAGUUUCAUGAACUUGUCUUAUGUUGGAAUUAUUAAACACUACUUACUGCCAUAUCAUCUUGAUUUGUUUUUGGAGCCAUGAUGUUCUUGACCUAUGCUACAGCACCUUUCAUCUCUACUCUUGGUGAUGGCUAGCACACAUUUAUUUAAAAAUUUUAUUGAAUAUAAUAUGAUAAAUUUAUAUUUUUAAUAUAUGUAAUAUUUAUUUAAAAAUAAAAUAAUAUUUUUAUUUAAAUUAAUAAGUAAAUAAAUAAAAUAAAUAAAUAAAUAUUUGUAUAUAAUCUUACAGAAAAUUUAUAUCAGCUGGAUAUAUAAUAAAUAAAUCAUGUAAUUAUAAAAGUAAAUACAAAAUAAUUUUUAGAGCUUAUGUUCCCUUUUGUCGUUUUUAGAAUUUUUUAACUACUAAGGUCUAACUGUGUAUAGAAUCAUAAUAAAUUCAAGCAAUUUUUAUUCUAUUGUGUGACCAAUAACUCUACAACCAUCAAUGUUUAGUGCAAUUUUUUUAUUUGGUUCGUCAGUUUCUUGAAUCUUUGUGUACAAGUUGCAGUUCCUUUAGGUUCUGGACAUUGGUAUGUAAUGGGUUCUAACUUGUUCUGUAUAACACAUUGCGUGUCCUGAUGUUUACAUUAUACUUUGAUGGCAUGUACUUGGACCAUGUUAUUGUUGGUCAUUCGAGUAGAUGCAGUAGAUACUAUAAAUAUGGUAUUGCUUAUUGUUAUAUCUGCAAGUUCUUGUAAAAGAAAAGUUUUGUAAACUUGUUGAAUGAUAAUACAUGUUCUUUGCUUUUUAUAUGCCAAAGCAGUGUUGAAUUGCGUUUAUAUGUUUUUCCAAACUUAUGGUAGUGACACGGUUCAGGUGCGUUCAAGUUAAGCAACCCAUAAAUGCAGAAAAGAGUGCAUGACUAUCGUGUCACUACCAUAAUUUCUUAUAGACCCGACCCUAAUUUCUUAUAGUUAUUUUAUUAUCGUCUCACUGACGGGUCUGUCUUGUUUG